GCAAAUCUCCAUUUUCAGAUCGAUACAGCCUAUACGAAAGAAGAAUUAAUGGCUAAGGGAGGAAAGCAGAAAAGGACUGAAGCCGAUGAAGCAGGAAACAGGCGAGGACCAGGACGUCCACCAUUGCCUGAAGAAGAAAGUAGGAGAAGGAGAAAUGAACAUAGUAAGAAAAGUCGGGCAAAUAAGAAGUUUGAACGCGAAAGAUUUGAGGCCUUUGUUAUGCAGCCCGAAAAUAUUGACAAGUACGAAGCCUUUAAAGAAGAUUACAACAAAAGAAAUGGAGAAAGUUCAAAGAAGGAUGGAACAAACAAAUCCUUUGAUGUUGAAAUGUUGACAGCAUCCUCAAAUGUUGCCUCCAAUUAUGAGGGAGAAUUUCAGUCCAGCUUCACUUGGACUAAGCCAUUGACUGCAGGUGUCAUGAAUUCUACUGGUAUUGGAGGCAGGAUAGGCACCCCAUCUGAGCCUCUUUUCCCAGUUGGUGAUUUUCGAUCUAGUAAGUUUAUGGCUAGCGCUAGCCAGACUGCACACCAAUCAGACCUUGCAUGGCCCAAGAGUCAGAAAUUUUUGCAACAAGCACAAAAGCAGCACGAUACUUGUGUUGCUAAGCGCCCAUCUAGCCAUGGAUUCGACCAGAUGGAAUUGCAACACCAAAUGUCAGAGAUGCCACUGCAGGUGGAGGUUCAGAGAUCUGUUGUGGCAAUUCUUGCACAGUAUGGACUUUCCCUACAGACAAGUGCUCCUAUUGUCUCUCCUGCAGUGCCUCAUCAUGACCCUCUUAGCAGGCAAGGAACUAAUGCUGCUGCUGGAUCCUCUGGUGGUCCCACAACCCAGUCAUCCACACAUAAUGGAGAGGUUUUAACUUUACCUUGAUCUCACUUUUAUGUAGUUUCUUAUGGGACAUGUCAAAUGGAUGAUGCAUGUUUUAUGUUUAUGUUAUCGUAGCUGUGGAUCAGAGUAGUGCACAGGACAAGCUCUGUGCAAGAAUAACCGUAAAUAGAUAAGCUAAAGCAUGAGUAUGUAAGUUCUUGAAUGAGAAAACAGUCUAGUUAAUCUAGCUUGUACAUGGCUGAAAUAGCUAAUAAGUUUCAGUGUCAAAC